UCCCCACUUUGAAAUCAAAGCUGCUUUAGCUUAUAAUCACUGCCAUGCACAUGCCUUCACCAGCUCUGAUCUUCGUGAUCUGUGCCGAUUAUCUGUUUUCUAUAUAUCAUUAUCUUUAAUCUAAUAAUUAAGCUAUUUGUUUUUUUGGCUUAAUUACUCUCGUGUUAGUUUACCCACGUCGAUCACAUGGAAACCAAAAGCAUCGAAUGUCGAGAUCCAGAGCUGGAACAGAGUUUCUCGUUUAGCGGCUGCUGUGACUUCAAAUCCUCUUCCUCUCUCGCUAUUUUCUCCGACAUCAAUCAGAGUGAAGACGACGACGACAAUGAAUCGUAUAUUGAAAUUGUCCUUGAACCCUCACGUGUCGGAGAUGGUGGUGGUGGUGGUGGUGGUAGUAGAGAAGAAGAGGAUGACUGCGAUGAUGAAAUGGAGCUGCGUAUAUCGUUGUCAUCCGGCGUUCUCCUUCCUGUUGAAACAAAAACCAGUGACUUAUACAAGUCUGUGAAUUCCUGUGCAUCGUCUUUGUCGUCGUCUUCUUCUUCGGCGUUUACUUUCAGCUCUUCCUCCACGGGGGCAGAAAGUCAGCGGAAUCAACAGGUUGAGUCCAAGCUUUGUAGUUCUAGAAUGCAGAAGACUAUUAGGAGCAAGGUAGAGUGUCCGGCGGUCAACCGCAUCGUCAAUACUUUCAUUUCCAGUUUCAGGGAAUCGUCGGAGAUUGGCCUCGGAGAUGGCCGCCCGCCGGAUGCCAACCGCUUGGACUUCUUAGCCAGCAGCAAUAGUACAAGGAAACCAUCAAACAUAACAACAACAACGAAGAUAAACAGUGGGAUGAUGAUGAAAUUCUUUAUCAAAUUUCGAGCCCUAAAACUCAGAACAUUAUUAGCAUCAUUUCUCAAGGCUUCCCAGGCAAAGUCUUCCACUGACAAGGGAAAAACACGUGAAGAGUCGACAUUGUGGACCUAUAACCAGAGCCUAGUGGACAAGGGGUCACUGCAGGAAAGGAAGCAAGGAGAGAGAUCAAGAGCGUUGGAACUGAACUUGGAUGCAAUUAGAGGGGUCUUGGAAGGCAUGAGUAUUGGGAGUCUUCUUCGCAAAGAUAGAAGAAGAACAAAAAGCUGCCCUGGUUCUACCAAGUCCUCACCAAUUCAUCAGCGAUUUCCCUCUGAAACCUAUAAAAUUUCAUCUUCGGCUGUCACUGAUAACUCUAUCCAGGCAGCUAUUGCUCACUGUAAGAGAUCAUUUAGUCCAAAUAUUUGAUAUUUGCCUUUCAUCUUCUCUCUUAUCAUUUCCAUUACAAAAAGAGAAUUCUCUCAAUUAAUCAAUUGCCUGAAUUCUCUCUUAA